AUGGUUCGGGAGUACACUGUCCGCAGAGGAACACGGCGCUGGCCAGUUGCCGUGUUUUACAACAUGAUUGACAUGGCAGCACUGAAUCCACAUGUGCUGUAUCAAGCAUGCACCGGGACGAAAGAAAGACGGGUGGACUUCCUGGUGGACACCCCCACUCCCCUCCAGAAUUCUCAGAUAUGCAUGGCUCAAAAUGACAUCAGGUUGUCAGUGUUUACAGUGACAUCCAAGAGCAUGACAGUGCAGUGGAGCGGCCACACUGGUGCCAGCUCCUACAAGAUCACAGCAACCCCCAAGAACUCCCCGGAAAGACCCGUCUUUGCUCAGUUCGGUGGCAACACAGUCAUGGGCUCAGUUAACUCCCUGUCACCAAACACGGUGUACACCAUGCAGUUAGAAGCUAUGGACAAUAAUCUCAGAGUGCUCAGCAGUGCAAAGACUGAGGAGACGACAGCCCCUGAUGUACCCAGCAUUGGGCAAGCCUACUCCAAAAACAGCGACAGCAUCACUGUUGAGUUCACAGAGGUAUCUGGGGCGACCAGCUACAUUCUGAGGGCAGAGUCAAAGACAGGUGAUUUCUUCAAGGAGAGCACUGUGAGCAGCUCUCCAGGUACCAUGGUGGAGCUCCAGCCAUACACAGACUACGUCCUCAGCGUCAUGUCCGUCAACUUAGGCGGGAGAAGCCAGCCAUCCUACCCCACAGAGGCCAGGACAGUUGUAAUGGCUCCCAACUUGAACACAUCCUCUCCUACCAAUGGCACCAUCCUUGUGACCUGGGACCCAGUGAAGGACGCCGUCCUCUACACACUGGUCAUCAUCAGAGAGGGAUCCAACACGCGCCUCAAACUCAACACCACUGACACCACGGUGAAGUUUGAUAACCUUGAACCAGGAACUACAUACUGUAUUAAGGGCACGGCAUGGGACUCUGAGGGUCGCACUGGUGAUGAUGUCACUGUCUGUCAAAUUACACGUCCUCAGAGCCCAGAUGUGACUCACGUUCAGGUGACUCCAGGACGGGCUCUUGGGAUUGCUGUAUUCUGGUCACAAGUGAGGGGUGCUAAUCUCUACUUAGUCUGGACCUCUAAUGGCCAAAACUGUUCCACAGAAAACAGUUACUGUUACAUUAAUCCUGCAGAUUGUGGACAAAACCACUCAGUCUAUGUCAUAGCCUAUAACGAUGCUGGACCCAGCAGCCCCUCUGAACCGGCUAACUACAUAACAUACCCAUGUCCGCCAGAGAACAUCUGGGUGGAGGAGCCCAGAGCAGGUAACUGCUCCGUGAUGUGGGACGGAGUGCCACUGGUGGAGUACUACAUGGCGUUCAUAAAGCGGGAUGAUGGAAUGGAGACGUUCUGUAACACCAGUUUAACCACCUGCCCAUUUUCCUGCAUGUGUGGCUACACCUACCUCACUACCGUAUUCCCCUACAACCAGGCCGGCUCCAGCCCUUAUGGACACGUCCGCAACUACACUACCAUCCCUUGUUGCCCACUGGAUGUUAUGAUAAAGCUGGUUUCUACGGAGACCCUGGAAGUCAUGUGGACACCAGUCAAAGGAGCUGAACUGUAUGAGACGACAGCAGCACAGACUAAAGACGUCAUCCACUGCAACGACACAGCACCGGUGUGCGCGCUCUCAGAUUUGAGUUGCAACACAGCUUAUUCUGUGACUGUGACACCUUGCAGCGAUUUACGAGGAUGCAACCGCACCUGCAAGCCGCAAACGCAUGAGACAGCUCCCUGCACUCCAGAGAUCCUGAAUAUGACUCAGACAAACAGUUCCACAUACAGAAUCCUCUUCACCACACCCAACACCCCCAACACGAAUUAUACCAUCACUGCCACUGGACGCUAUGACAGACAAAGCUGCCAGUCGACGAACAGCUCCUGUGUGCUCACGCAACUACCCUGCGGCUCGGUCUACGAGGUUACAGCAGUGGCCACAACAGCUGUGGGGAAAAGUCUGCCAGGAUUCAGUAAAACUUUGGAAACAGGCCCUUGCUGCCCCAUGUCAGUGAACGUGACCCAGGUCACCCAGGCUAUGACCAAUGUGACCUGGUCACCUAGCACUGGAGCUCGCUCAUUCAUUACCUCCCUGACAUCACCACGGGGGUAUGCCAAAUGCCACACUCUAGACACCCACUGCCUGAUGGGGUGCAUCACCUGUGGAACCAACUACAGCGUCAACCUGGAAGCAAUCAGCAGCACAGGACAGAAGUCAGAGUGCAAAUAUCGUGGAUUCUCUUCCAGUGCCUGCUGCCCAACAGGGGUCAAGCUCUAUCGCAGGACCAACAACACCCUGAGGGUAUACUGGCGUUCGCUCGGCCCUCAGAUCUAUAAUCACACAGUGGAGCUGUAUGGCACCGGAGCAAACUACACCUGUAUGGCAGCUGCAGGCAGCAUGUACUGUGACAUCCAGGAGGAAACAUGUGGGGAUGUCUACACAGUGGUGGCGGCACCUGUGGAAAAGUACGGGAGCAAAGUCACCUUCUGCCAGCCCAGGACGUACUCAGUUCCCUGCCCUGGAAGUAACGCUGGCAUGGUAAUUUCUCGUGCGAGACGAAGUGUGAAUUAACUGUGUGUGAACACCCCGACCACCAACACAGCAAAAAGGACAGAGGCCGAUGUUUACA